AUGUGGGUCUUUGGCUUUACUGAAGAAAACAUGCCUUUGUCUUGCAAAAUAUGUGGGAAUAAGGCUAUUUUGAAGCGACCGAAAACGGUAAGCUGGUUCAUUAUGCUAUUACAGUCGAUCAAAAUUACUUUAAUACAAGGAUUCUUUAGUUCGUGAUUUAAGCUUUUUGUGUGUCUUGGUGAUUGGUCCUGAUGGCGCAAUAAUUGCAACUUAAACAAAAAUCUGUGUCCUUUUUUCGGUGUAAUUAGGUUUAAGUUCAAAAGGCCUUCGAAUCUUGUUCUAAAGCGUAACCGUUUAGUUUUUAUCUUGCGUAGUACAAUCCUCCGAUUUUGUGGUACUUUUAAAUGUGUUGUUAAGCGGAGUUGAUAGAUUUGACACUGUUUGUUUUUCAAUGGGCUAUUGCAUUUAACUCACCUAUCAGUGUAAUCUGUGGGUUGGGGGGGCGGGGGGGAGGGAGGUGGUUGGGGUUGGAGUCCGGGGAUUUGACAAAGGAAGUCGGCCCGUGUUGAGGACUUUUGAUUAUCGCCUAGUCGCGGGGGUGGGAACUUUUGAAUUUCAUCCGAUUACGGAUGCCAUCUUGGAUUGGAAGCUGUUAAAGACCUGGUUACCAGUCAUUUAACAGUUGCAAUAAUUUGCCCCAGUUGUUUAAAAGGUGGAUAGCGCGAUCCACCGGAUAAAUCACUAUCCACUGGAUAAAUAUUAGGGGAGUCAAUUGCGCUAUCUAAUGGAUAGAGAUUUAUCCGGUGGAUAGCGCUAUCUACCGUUUGAACAACUGGAGCCAGGGGGAAAGGUAACCAAAGAUGGUGGCCCUUGUUCCCACGAGGAUCUGUGGGUAUUUUUUAUUGUGCAAGAUGGCGGUUUUAUCCUCUCUAUUCUUAUUCAAAUGAAUACAUCCAUUCAUUUACCUGUUUUUUUUGGGAAGUUAGAAUCUUAUUCAGUAUGACUGCAUGAUAUAAACAUUUUGCCUGAGUUUGAAAGCAAGUACAUUGUAAAUUUGCUUGUUUAACAGCGGCAAAUUUGUUAAACUGUGUAGGUGGAAAACAUUCCUUCGUGAUGCUGGCAUUUUGCUGGGGCAUUUUAAUGACAAUUGUUAAAAUAAACUGAUGCAGCUUUCUCAAAAAGUUUGUGUGUUGCUUCUUUCAAUGAAACACAUUUGACCUCUUGUCUUAGUUAGAAGGGUGGGGAAUUUGUUCUCUUUUGAACAAUUAUGAUGGCCCUGGGGUAGGGCGUUUGACCCAGAAAAUUGCUUCGAGUUCAAUUCCCUGGCCUUUGCCUGGCCUCCUCCUCCUCCAGGUUAACACUGAUAGGUGCAUAAUAUCCGUACCCACCAGUUGAGGACUUACCUUUUCUUCUUACCCCUGAAGAUUAAAUAAAAUAUGGGUCUAUCCCAGAAGAAAAAAUUAAUUCUUUACCCCCAAAUCCACAUUUUUUUACCUUACCCUUAAAGAAAUCCUCAACUCACCCCGAAGAAUUCCAUUGAUCCUCACCCCAGGGGGUUAUAUUAUGACUUCACUUGUCACAAGCUUGGUUUUGAUAUGUUUUGAUCAUUUAAAUGUAUUUGAUACCCCAUCAGGGCCAUGCAUUGUGCAAAGAUUGUUUUUACACAACGUUUGAGACAGAAGUCCAUCAGACUAUAAUUUCAAACAAACUCUUUGAAAAGGGAGAAGUUGUUGCCAUUGGCGCAUCUGGUGGGAAAGGUUAGUGAUGGUAAUUAUUCAUUUCACUGUGUUGCAUUUAUGAUCUGUAAUUUAUUACAUUUUGGGUUGGUUUUUUAUUACAUUUACGGUGGGUAUUACAUGUAUGGUUGAGUUUUAUGACAUUUAUGGUUAGUGUUACAUUUAUGGUUGUUAUUACAUUAAUUAUUUUAUGUGUCAUUCAGAUACUAAUGAAGCAUAAAAUGUGAACGAGGGUUUCCCUCAAGAUAUAACUUAAUUAUUAAUUUUUGUCCUAAAAUCUGUUGUUGUUUGUUUGCUGUUUUUUUACCAUCCAUUCAUUACCCUGAUUUGAUUUCAAGCGACACUCACUGCACUACAUGUAGUUGUACUGAUUAAGUCUUUAAGUGAAAUUCUCGUGGUACAUGUAUGACCAUUUAAAUAGAUCCUCUCCAGAAUACAGUACAAUGCAAUGUAUCACUAAUUUCACAAAAUAUAGGUUUUUUUAAAAAAAGUAUUUUUCCACUUUCACUAUUAAAAGUGAGGUAUCAUGAGAUAUUUAUUCUUCUUAAUGACAGUCUACCAUCUGUUUGUACUUUCUUCUUAUGGGUUUGACUGUAAAUUAAUAUUAUUAUAAAGUAUGUGCAUGUGUGCUCUUAGGCCCUUUAUUGUAAGUGUUUGUCUUUUUUGGUUACAGAUUCCACAGUGUUGGCUUAUGUCUUAAAGAAACUAAAUGAAGAAUACAACUAUGGAUUAAAUUUAAUUUUGUUAUCUGUGGAUGAGGGAAUUACUGGUUAUAGAGAUGAUUCUCUAGAGGUAAAAAAAAUAAUAUUAUGUUAAUUUUAACUUUAUCAGAAGUAUAUGAAAGAUAAAGGUGAUAAAUGCAGCCUAAUGUUCACCAGGGCUAAGUUGUGAGCUUCUUUAACCUAGUUUUGCUUUAAUGCUGAGUUAGGAACAGACACAGUUAGAGAUGUGCAGUACAAAACUAGUGAAUUUCCUUAAGGUAGCCCGAGGUUAGUGCAAAAUUUGAAUUGAAAUCUGAGAGCUAACAAUAAAAAUUCAGUUGAAUUCUUUUUACCAACAAUUUGAUGUUUGGUUUCUCUAAAAUUACUUAAGUUAUAAUAAACUAUUUAAAAACAGUGCAAUAAACAAAAGAAACAGGGGCUGAGGAUUACAAUUUAUUUGACCCCUGUGCAGGGUUGUUUAAAGCGUCAUUAGGAUAACCCAGGUUUAGUGGGAAGUUUGAUGUCAGAUGGGAAAGUGUAAAAAGCAAAAUCAGCUUAGUUCUUCUUGACCACAAUUUGAUGAUUGGAUGCUCUAAAAAGAAUCGAAAAAAUUAUCUGUUUGUCAGAAAGUGCUUUUCAACAAAAGAAAAAAAAACUGGACUGAAAGGUAACCCCAGGUUAAUCAGCCUUCGAACAACUGGGUCCUGGAUGGUAAUAAUCAGCCUUUGAACAUCUGGCCAGCGAGUGCCAAGUUUCAUUAAAGCUGUUUUAAAAUGUUUUGUGGGUGAACAAGUUAUUUUUUCUGUACAGUUUCAAAAUAAAUGAGUGUUUAAAUUUUUCAUCAACAGACAGUGAAGAGAAAUGAAAUGCAGUAUGAGCUGCCUUUGAAGAUAGUUUCUUAUGAGGUGAAUUUAACACUAUAAUGUUAAUUAUUCUAUAUGAUGUGUCAGUGGCUAAGCUUUGAACUCCAUUAUGAGUUAUUAAAACUGUUUAAAUUUUAUUUUUAAGGAACUUUAUGGCUGGACCAUGGAUGCUAUUGUCAAGCAAAUUGGACUGAAAAAUAAUUGUAAGUCAUCAAAUAUCCAAAAGAUUUUCUUUUGAUACCUUGUUGAUACACCAUAUCAAUAAAGUGGUUUACAGUUACAGCAGCUGUACCUAGGGCCUGUUUACAGUUGGUAACUACAUGCACAGUAUGUUGAACACCUGCAGUGCCGAUAGAAAACUGUAUGUUAAGUAGAGUCUGUAUUUCACUGGUGCGACAAUUUGUAAGACGAAGGUAAAAACAUGACAACCAGCAAAUCCUGCUACUAGACAAUCAAGGUUCCUGGCAUGGAUUGUGAGAAAGUGGCCAGGAUACAUACAUCUAGGAUAUAACAUUAUGACAGAAGUGCAGAAGUGCAGACAUACAGUCUGUACCCUGCUUUAUUUCUUGUUUCUGUUUUGUUCAACCUCAUCUUUGGUUCAAAUUUAGCUUUCCUUUGUGAUUUUAUGUUUUUCAUUUAUCAUAUACAUUCCCAUUGACAAAAACAAAGGAAAUACAGUGAACUUGAUCGAACCACAAAACUCGCACAUUGACGCACUACCACAGGAUGUAAUGCCAUUACACACUUCAAGGGUGAACACUGUUAAAGACUUGUUCCUACCAUACUGAAAAACGUAAUGAAAUUUCAAACCCUAGGUUAACCACCAACUGUGGUCUUUAAAAGUGCAGUAAAGAUCGUAAUUUAAUCUGUCUCAGUCAAUAUGUGGAAAGGUGAUGUUAAGCUGUUGGCCUCAACUCUGUCUUCCUUGCUUAUCAGUUUGAAGGGGAUGUAAAAUACCCCACACUGCCUUUUGAAAAAUGGUUGGAGACAUAGACCCCGGGAUGUGGUCUAUUGUUUGUGAGGGGGAGCGGACUGUCAGGGGCGCUUAGAACACAGUAAAUAUUAGGAGCUUAAGCAACGAUAACGGCAACGGCUGGGAAAAUGUCACCCAAAAAGUGAAUUCAUGCUGUUUCAAACUUCAUUGCUCUUAUUCCAACUCUUCUAGUUUGUCACAGGCUGGUGGUUUUUUCAGGAGUUGAAGCGUAAAGGACUAUAUCUAACUUCACGAAAGAAAAAGAAAAUCAUUGUCUUGAGUUCCCAUCCUCCAUAGAAUGUGAUAAUUAUUAGGAAGUUACACCUCAUAGGCAUGCAACGACGGCAAAGAAAUGAAUAAAAAAAGCGUGAUGCAUUUGCAAAGUUGUUGUUUUGCCAAUCUAAGGCUAUUGCUUUUCUGCUGUUCUUGUUGCCAUUGCCGUCCUCGUUGCUUAGGCUCCCUAUUACUGGCAACAACUGGUUCAGCUAAUGAAAUACAAUGUAAAAUGAGGUGAAGUGUAAGCAGUGAAGUAAAACAGAACUGUCUUAACUGAUGUAAGUGUACUCUUACUCUUACUCUCUUACUCUUGUAGCUGUACAUUUUGCUUUGGCAGGUACAUUUUGUGGAGUAUUCAGACGGCAAGCUUUAGACAGAGGAGCAAUGGCCUUAAAGGUUGAUAAAAUAGUUACAGGUCAGUUAGCUGCUUUAAUAGAGCGAAUAAAUAUUACUAACAUACUUACUGUCUUUAAAUAUAAUGUCAUUGCAUCAAUGAAUGUCACUGUGGUUUCACAACACUUAAAAAUGGAGUGCUUGUCAUAGUUUGCAAUAAUGUUCCUUGUUAUCACAUUUCAAGGUCACAAUGCAGAUGAUAUAGCAGAAACAGUGAUUAUGAAUGGUGAGGGCUACGUUCCGUAGUAAUUAAUAAUAGAUAGUUAGAAAUCAAACAAGAAACUUCGAAAGAAUCACUGACAAAUGAAUAAAUUUCUUUUGUUAAUAAAACUUUGUUUAGGUCAAGUUUAAAAGAGCCCAUUUUUCCAAGUUUUACUCUUGUAACUUCGUUAAAAGUUCUUUGCCAAGACACUUUUAACUUUUUCUUCAUAUGACCUUUGGUUCAAUCAUGAUAGUCCACCAAGUGUGUCAAAGUUUGGCAGUGCUUUGUGCUGUUGAAGUAAGUAAAAAUUUGUAUCGUUUUCUGCUUUAGUCUUACGAGGGGAUAUAGCCAGACUUAGGCGAUGUACAGCUAUCAUGACCGUAAGUACCACAUGUAUUGUGAACUUUUGUAUUGUUACUGUUGUUCUAUGUAAGUUGCUAAUUUUUGAGUUAGCAAGUUACAUAGAACUACAUGUAAAGUGUAAGAACAAAGUGCUUACACUUUAGUUAUACCCCAAUUAAACCCUCCUUCUCUAGGGUUACGAGUUUUACUUGUGGGUGUCAAAUACCAUCUACCGUUGACUCACUCCUAGCCCACGUAGUUAGCGGGAUUGUUUUUGCUUGUGUGAGAGUUUUGGCGAGGAAGCCGCAAUUAUCACGGCUUUGCUUACACUAUGACAAUCCCGCCAGCUAGGCAGGCUACUUCAGUGUGACAAGGGGCCAGUGCUCAAAUUGUCACGUUUGGUAUCUUUUUUUAUGGCAGCAAAUCGACUUCGUCAAGUUAAAAUAAUCUUUGUGUUUCAAUCCCAGGCCGAUGCAGCAUUAAGCGUUUCUUUCAUGUUCUUUUUGUCAGUUUCUACUUGUUAUAACCUGAGUCGGAGUUAAGUAUUGUAUGAACGUAGAGCCUUUAUUGCAAGCAUAACUGCUAAAACACCAGUGGGAUUUUUAGCCUUUUCCUGCUGCUGAUAGAGCCAGGGGUAAAAAGACUCGACUUCCUCUUUUAAAGGUGUGGCUGAAGGAAACAUAAUAUUUGACCACGUGAUCUUUUUGUUGAACGUAGAGUCGCUUGCACUGAAAGUGAUUAGUUCCAUUUGUUUGUAAUAUGCAGGGUACAGAGGGUGCCAUUCCUCGUUGUAAACCAUUCAAGUACACUUACGAAAAAGAAAUUGUCAUGUAAGUAAACUGACAGAGUAGUUAUCAACCAAGUGGCUCAUGCGAUGUUUUGUGAUUGGCUAAUAGCACUUGUGCUGCACGCUAGAGCGGUUUUCACUUGACUGUCGUAAAACCAAAACCAAAGUAAAUACACUAGCCAACCAAAGGGCGUAGUAAAACCAAAACCAAACCAAUUCCUCAAUUACUUUCGACAGUCAAGUGAAAACCGCUCUAAAAACCAAUCAGAAGUAACACCAAAACCAAGGAUGACUUGCUACCCGGCUCCUUUUCCCGGGCUCAGAUGCUGCUACAUGAGCUGGCUUUGAAAUGUGAUUGGCUCAUCGAAUUUUAUUUCGCACAUUUUCAAUGGUCGGAGUGCGUUAUAACCGUCAUUACCUGAAAUAUUUUGUGGUAACUUAAUUACGCGACAUUCCGCUUUUUUGCAAAGAUAUAAAGUCGAGCUUCGGCAAAGUUUAAAAUUUAAAAGAUUUAAAAGACACUGUUAAUGCGUACUCUAAAAUCGCCAAAUUCGAAAGCUGUCGGGAACAUUCACGAAAAAGUGCUACGCAUUCUAUAAAGUAUGUUUCGGUUUUGUUUAUUUUAGUUACAUUGUACCAAGGCUUGCAGAACGCAUGGAAGCAAUACCCAGUAAUUUUCCUGUUUUCCUGCAGUCAGAGAGACUUUAAUAAUCGUGGGUACUUACCAUUUACAUGGAAAUUUCGGUUGGAGAAUCAAUUGGUUCGUACCAUUCUGUUCGGGGAGCUUCGGAAAAUAUAUGGGCUUUGAUUUGAGGCUAAUCCAUCUUUCCGCUCUUUUUAGUUUGUUAGUUCCCUGCGAGCAGUGGUUUUUCUAGGCCGGACGUAGCGUAGCGCCCGGCCUGGAAAAAACAACUGCUCGUAGGGUAUUUGUUCAGCUGAUUUGGAUUUACUUUGUAGCGGGUCGUUCUCCCACCACGUCAAAUUUUAUAGUUUUAUGUUUACCAAUGCACUCUGAAGAUUUUAACCCGGGUGGUCUGUGUAAAAUGGUAAGCAACCCGUGUCACCCUUUGCUCUGUUUGUUCAAAGACACGUUGAAGUAAAUGAAGUUUUGAAGCUGUGUCUAGUCUUUAUAUUCUCUAAGGCAUGAAAAAGAAUGUAUGCGGAGGACAUCAUUUACUUUUAUGAUUUUGGACGCUGAAACUCAUCACAGACGUAUGUUUUGGAGCCGUUCUGUGUGUUACAGUGUUUACUGUGUUGAAGUUUCCUCUUGGAAAUGACAUUCAGCGCAUUUUUUCAUUAUACCCAGGUACGCGUACUUUAAAAAACUGGAUUACUUUUCAACGGAAUGUAUUUAUUCACCGAAUGCCUACAGGUAAGCUGUGAAACCAGGUCUUCUUGCUUAUUCUUUGACAUUCAAAGCUGGGCGUUUACUCCAAAGAGCGCCCCCCCCCCCCUAAAUAAACCCCGCUCUUAGGAGCGAUAAUAGGAAGCUUUUGCUUCAACAGCGGCAACAGCAGCGAAAACGCCACUUUCAGAGUGAAUUCGCGUUUUUUCCAGUUCGCUGAAAAUUGAUGUUUACGUCCUCCAUAAAGGUUAUGUUUCACGAGACGAUUCGCAACGACGAUUUUAGCGCAACAUAGCGUUGUAUCAUUGUUGCGACAUUGUUUGAAUGGUUGCAACAUUGUGCCAUUAUUGCAACGCGGUGUUACAAUAAAAGUCGUUGCUGCGAAACAUUUCCUGUAACAUUACUUUAAAACGUGAAAAAUAUUGCUGCACGUGCAAAGUUGUUGUUUUGCUUAAUAAUUAAAAGGUCUUGCUUUUUUGACGUUCUUGUCUCGUCGUCUAAUGUUGAAAAGCGGCUUUUGUAUGUUUUAUUCGACAUUGCCGAUGCUGAGAUUGUUUCUGAUUUGGAUGUCUAAGGGGAUAUAGAUCCUAAAAUCUAACUUUGUUGCUCGUUGUUUUUAUAAGUGUGUUGUCGAUUUUAAACAUACCAAAGAAAACAAACACUGCGCAGCCCAUUGUUUUUAGCAAAAGAGAAGUUCUUAAUAAGCGCAGCCCCUGGAUAAACGCCAUCGACUUGUCGAAAAAUUUAUAAGCGCGUCGACUAAAUUCCGUAGUCAAACUUCGCGAAUAUGAUUACUUUCGAGACUGAUUUUUGAAGGCGUAUGGGUGUUGUCUUGGAUGGAGUGCAGAAGAUGCAGGAAGAAAUUUUCUUUGACCGUCGAUAAUUCUGUAUAUAGACUGAAUUGGAUGCUUUAGUGGUUUAGUAUCAUGGAGUUACGGAUAGCCUCUAGAAAAAAGUACUUAAAACACAUUUGCCCAUUCUUCUUUAGGUUCUUAGGGGGCCGAGGUUUUUUUGUAUUCACGAAACCUCACAAUUCUAUUUCAACAGGGGUCACGCACGGACUUAUCUAAAGGAUCUAGAAAGAAUACGCCCAAGCUCGAUUUUAGGUGAGUAUCAUUAAAAUAAGCGAUGUUGAACGAUUAAAAUCACCGUCUUCAGAAAUUCUGAUGGAGUAACAUUACCAGAAUUACAGGAACUGCCUUUGUCUGGGUACGAGCUGGGUUUUCUCAACACUCGGUGUCUAUUAUUUGCUACAGAUAUCAUCCAUUCUGGUGAGAGUCUAUCUGUCAAGAAAGAUGUCAAGAUGCCCGUCCAAGGUACUGUGUACAGGUUCCAAGAUUUUCCUUUCUCUUUGGAAUAACCGAUUCUCAUCGACUUUCAAAUACAGGCCCCGUCCACACGAAUUUGGAGAUUUUUGAAACCGCAUAUCUUUUUACCCGGAUUCGUGUGGACGGACCUUUAGCCCGGGGGCGAGGGGGAUUUUAAGUGACAGGGAUGAUCAAAUGGGGGAAAAAAUCAAAACCCCAAAAAAUAUCAAAUGGGGGAAAAAAAUAAAACCCCAAAAAAUAUCUGGACCAAAAUUUAACCCCCAAAAAGUCCCUCGCCGAAUUUCCGAGCCAUAAAAAAUUUCCAGAAAGCAUUAAAUGAUCUAACUAUCACAAAUCUUCGGAUUGUUUUGAAUACCCGUAAAAAUGCCUACCUAAAUCAAGCUGCCCCAAAUUUUCCUACCCCAAAAAAUCCCGAAAUCGAAAAUUUCAAAUCCAAAAAGAAUCCUUUCAUCAUCUAUGCUACUUGAAAUCCGGAGUACCCCCCUGGGGGCUUUAGACCACUCUGGAGAGCGGUUUAAGAAAAGUGCGGUUUCGGUGUGCGUGCUCACUGGUUUCACGUAAACAGAAGAUUGAUUUGUGGGGAAAAAUGUAGUUUCCGACAUAUCCGGAUUCAUGUGGAUAGGGGCCCGUUUCUCGAAAGGUCCGGAAACUUUUCGAUCCCAAAGGCAAAUUUUAAAAUCCAAACCUUUUGAGUAGUAGCGCAGUUCCUACCCGCAAACCAGUCAAUUUUGCUUCGUUAUUAACUGAUAGUUUCAACAUUUUUGAAACUUUGAACUUGAUGCAAACACAAAAAGGCCCGAAAAGUUACCGGGACUUUCGAGAAACAGGCCCCUGCAUGGGCCUACAUGUAUUAAUAUAAAUCGAUUAAGUCCCGUGUCCUUUUUCUUUGCACGGGCUUCACGUGCUGCACGUGCCAAUCGACUUCUUCUUCUGGUUUUGCAUAAUAAGCGCAUGUGAGAACGAGCGAACCAGGGCAAAGGUGGCAUAAAACUGGUUUAGCCUUCGUGUUUUCCUUGGUUCAAACGUCUGGUGUCCAUUUAUUAACUUGUUAACUUGUUGUAAAGAAAAGUUCACCGUGAUGGAAAGCAUGUUUCAGACCCCCCUCUCUCGCCCCUUCUCCGCACCAAGGAUUAAACCUGUUCCACGCGCAUAAACUACCGUUCAUUGACUUUCAUUUGGAAUUGUCACAGGUUAAGGGUGGAUUUGUUUGAGGCAAACGCGUAUAUUUGUCGCCCUUUCAUCGAGUACCUCUUUUCAAAUAAACGCUUUCAUAAGCCCCUAUAAAACACUACUCGUGCAAAACCCCGGUACGUGCAAAUGGGUAUUAAAUGUCGUGCUGUUUGCAGCAACUCUGGCCACUGUUCAGUCCAAAUUGGAGAAUUUUAACAAAGUUACUUGAACUCUGCAGAGAGUAAAGAAUAUCAGUACGCUUACCUGUUUGGGAAGUUAGAAGUCUGCCACGUUAACGUGAACGUCAUUGUCGUCCCUACAGACUACUUGUUCAACCCAAGUGGCUAAGAAGACGAAUGCGCGUGCUGCAUUUACAUUUGAAACGUCCAUUCACAAAUUUAUUAAUAAUUCAUUAAGAAAAUACAAAUUAUGUGUAAGGAGGGCUUAACAAUAGGAUACUUGCACGAUGACGUCAUUUUACCACAACCACAAGAAUCGUUCAAUUUGUUGCUUUCUCGUGCAAAUUGGAUUAUUGUCUUUAAACCUCAGCGGAAUUGAAGCGGAAAAAGGUGAUACCUUCCUUCCGAGGUGUUACUUUUUUUUCCUGCUUUUACCGAAAAGACCGAAAUUUUCUGUACCGUUUGUUUAGAUUACUAGUGCCAGGCUUCUGUGCAGUUUCUGUAAUUGUACUACCACUUGAGAAAUUUCUGCAAUUUGAUUGGCUUAGAGCGGUGGUAUUUCAGCUUAAUUUGAAAUACCUACAUGUGAAAAUUACAAACCUUUUGUGGGUAGUAGUAUAAACAAAUAAUAGCAUGAUUUGUACGUGAUAUUUGGCAUAAAUACCACUUGUGAUAUUUCAAAAUUGUCUCAAAUUUCACUCGCCUAACGGCUCGUGAAAUUACGUAUAACAAUUUCGAAAUAUCACUCGUGGUGUUUAAGCCAAAUAUCAUUACAAAUCAUGCUAUUACCUAUACAUAUAAAAUCCAUCCAGAAUUUUGAUGCUUAAACCUGAAAGCUUAAGAGAAGCUUAAGGAUUAUCAUUCACAGCAAGAGAAAAGUAAAGAUCGAAGGUUUGUAACGCUUACUUGUCUGAUACUGUAGGUAUUUGCAAGAGGUGUGGAUAUAUCUCAAGUCAGCCUUUGUGUAAGGCAUGUGUACUUCUAGAGGGAUUGAAUAAAGGACUACCAAGGUAUGAUAGCGAAAAAGGCCAUUACCGAGUUUUAAGAACCCUCACUUUGAAAACGAGGCUAAGUGCAAAAACCUUUCAUGUGAAGAUGAGAAAUCGUUUUCAUAUCAAUGGCUUUGCACUGAGCUUCGCCUUGAAACAGAGGCUUGUGGCAACUCGGAAAUGGCCUAUUGGAUAAGUUACACAGGGAGCAAUAGAACAAAUGUUUUCUUGGUGGCCCUUACUACACCGUGCGUUGGGCCAGUAUGUCUGCUAAAAUCACUGACACCCUUUCAGACUGUGUGUGAUAGAUAAACCUUGGAAAUAACUAAGCUAUCCGUCCGAGACUUUUAAUCAUGUCCUAUUGACUGGUAGACGUGGAGGCUUCUUGUGAAAAUGUGAAAGUUUUCUAGUUGGUUUGGGCAGAAGUGCUUUUAGCUUGGAACUGCAGUCGCUUUUCAUAAUCUUUGGACUUUUUUGUUCUUCAGGUUGGGUAUUGGAAAAACAACCAAAGCUCAGGUAAGUUACCCAGAAUUCAGCAAGGGAAGUUAGGGUUCUUAUCUCGUCCCCAGAUCUACCGAGAUCCACCUGACCUUCUCCGCUGCUAGAGCUCAGGGACAAGCAUCAGGCGACUAAAUUUUCCUUAAUUCACUGAAAUUUUAGUCUCAUAAUUUUUUAUAUUUGGGUUUCUCCAGUUUUGUGUUGUGUUUGAGUAUAAGCCAACUCAUUUAGAAUUCUUCUGUUUUUCCUUCAGAUUCCUUUUGAUUAGAUCGUAUUCAAUUAAUUAAUCGUUUAAAACACAUCGUACUCAUACUUUUAUUGAUCUCUUCAUCUUUAGAUUGAAAUUUUGAGUAGUGCUGAUAGUGGUUCCAGUCAGCCCAGUGGCGGAGAUAACAGCAGCUCUGCUAAGUCUCUUGAUUUUUGA